UCUUCGGGUUUUGUCCUUAAAUAGGUAGCUAGCUAGCUAUAUUUAUGUACGGUUGAGUAGCAUUCAUGCAUAUAUAUGAGUGUUGAUGAGAAGCAAACUCAUCGCCAGAGAUUGAAUUAAGGAAGGAGAUAGAGAAAGAUGGAGAACUCUGAAAGAAGAGAGAUGAAUCAGCAGCGGCAGCAGGAUGUUUCACUUCAUGAACUCAGAGACAGGCUUGCAGAGUUUGCUAGGGUUAGGGGAUGGGAACAGUAUCACAGCCCUAGAAAUCUCCUCUUAGCUCUGGUGGGGGAGGUUGGGGAGCUGUCAGAGAUAUUCCAAUGGAGAGGAGAAGUGGCAAGAGGGCUACCAAACUGGAGCUCAGACGAGAAGGAGCAUCUGGAAGAGGAGCUCUCCGAUGUGCUGCUCUACUUGGUUCAGCUUGCCGACGUCUGUGGCCUUGAUCUUGGGAAGGCUGCUCUCUCCAAGAUUCUCAAGAACGCUCAGAAAUACCCCCUUCUCAUCAACCGCUCUUCUUCAUUAUCUUCUUCUUCUUCUUCUUAAUUAUGUCAUUAUUAAUACUCUCUCCCCGCCUUUCUGCAUGCAUGCCUGUCUGCCUUCACUUCUUUGCUAAUUUAAACCUAGCUAGCUACCUAGUUUUGCAGUCAUCUUGACAUGAUAUUAAUUAAUAAUAAUUAAUCUCAUUAGUAGUAAUUAGUAUUUCUAUUUGUAUGGAUGUUUGUUGGGAUUAUUAUCU